AAGGUAUAAAAGACUGUCACACAAAUGAACUGCGCACAGUAUAAACAUCGCGCCACAACAAACCGUUUUGCCAAAAACUUUCAUUUUGAAAAAAUUUCUAUUCAAAAUUUAACAAAUCGUCUAAAAGUGAAAGAGUGAAAUUAAUAAAUAUUUAAAUUAUUGUAUAUGAUCAAAAGUUCAACAUAUUGCCAUUAAAUAUGGACGCAAAAACCUUUAGAGAAUUCGGCAAAGCUGCAGUGGAUUUUAUAGCCGAUUAUUAUGAGAACAUACGUGAUUGCGAUGUUCUACCUUCCGUAACGCCGGGUUAUUUGAUCAAUCAGCUACCCAAAGAGCUGCCAGAAAAUCCCCAACAAUGGCAGGAAAUUCUGCAAGAUGUUAGUAAGCUUAUCGUGCCCGGUGUCACGCACUGGCAAUCACCGAAUUUCCAUGCAUUCUAUCCAACAGGCUGCUCGUACCCAUCAAUUGUGGGUGAUAUGCUAGCCACUGGAUUUAGUGUGAUUGGAUUUAAUUGGCUCUGUAGUCCUGCUUGCACUGAGUUGGAAGUGGUUGUUAUGGACUGGUUGGCGAAAUUCUUCAAGUUGCCCGCACAUUUCCUACACUCGACCAAAGGACCUGGUGGCGGAAUUAUACAGGGUUCAGCUAGUGAGGCUGUACUAAUCGCUGUGAUGGCGGCGCGUGAACAAGCGGUACGACGCGUGAAGACGGCCCAACCGGAGCUGAGUGAGGGUGAGAUACGUGCUCGCCUUGUCGGCUACUCCAGCGAUCAGAGUAAUAGUUGCAUAGAAAAAGCUGGCAUUUUGGCCACAUUGCCGAUACGUCUAGUACCAGCCGAUGAGUUUCAGGUAUUUAGCGGCAAACAAUUAGCCCAAGCCGUGAAAGAGGACUUGGCUAAAGGGCUCAUACCUACAGUUUGCAUCGCUACAAUGGGCGCCACAGGUACUUGUUCAUAUGAUGACAUCGAGUCGCUGGCGACCGUCUGUGAGGAGCAUAACAUAUGGUUGCAUGUAGAUGCGGCUUACGCAGGCUGCGCUUUAGCGUUAGAUGAGUAUGCGCAUCUGCGGCAGGGACUCGAUCGCGUCGAUUCGUUAAACUAUAAUCUACACAAGUCAAUGGCUAUAAAUUUUGACUGCUCGGCGAUGUGGUUGCGUGACUCACAUAAAAUUGUGGAGAGUUUCACUGUGGAACGCAUCUACUUGCAACAUAAAUACGAGGGACAAACAGAUAUACCAGAAUUUCGUCAUUGGCAAAUACCGUUGGGACGUCGCUUUCGUGCACUCAAAGUUUGGGUAACCUUUCGUACGUACGGCGCCGAAGGUCUACGUGAAUAUAUUCGUAAUCGUAUACGUCUGGCCGAGCGCUUCGAGCAGUAUGUGCUAGCCGAUCCUCGUCUCGAGCUAGUAGCCAAACGUGCUAUGGGUUUGGUCUGUUUUAGAGUGAAGGGCGACAAUGAGUUUUCCACAGAGCUCUUGAAGCGUAUAACAGAUCGCAAGAAGAUCUAUAUGGUACAAGCGACAUUUCAAGGAAAAUCUUUUCUACGUUUUGUCGUUUGUGGUAUGGAACCGAAGGAAUGUGAUAUAGACUUUGCGUGGCAAGAAAUUAAUUCACAACUGAGCCAGCUGCUGAGUGAACAGGCGGUGGAAAAGGUUGAAGUGAAUACAUUGGAAGAAAAGAAAGCAGAAGAGACUGAGACGAAGAACACACGCGCAUCUCCAGUACUUCACAAAGAUGACGCGGUCGGUAUUAGUCAACAACUAAGCUCUGGUCUACAUUUAAGUUUAGGUGCCGUGGAGAAAACUAAAUAAAAAAAAAAUAAUGUACAACAGCUUAUAUUUAUGUGUCGAUUAGACAAAACUAGUUUACAGAAUAUUUAUAAUAAAUGAACUAAUAGCUACUGAGGGCAUUUUGAAAAUAAGCGUCUUACUUAACAUAAUCUAGCAUACAAUAUAUGUAUGUAAAUAUAAACGGUGCUUUGAAUUGAAACCAACAACGCAGCAAGUAAAA